GAACAUACUCAAAGACAUCUUCCGUCUUUUCCAUUUCGAAGAUCCAAUACAUCGUCGAUACCCAUUAACAAAAUUUCACUUAACAACAUCAUGUUCUCUUCAAGCAGCGGUUCAAAAUCCUUCACCAGGUUUCCUGAACUACCCCUUGAACUCCAACGCUUGGUGUGGAAAUUCGCAUCUUUUGAACGCCGCCAUGUACCGGUAGCUGUGAAGAACCAGUAUUCUCUAAGUCGACAAGUCACUGGAGAAAAUAAAUCUAAACAACUUGUUAGAUUUAGAUCCGAUACUCCCAUUCCCACACUAUUUAGUGUUUGUCGAGAGUCGAGAUUAGAAUCAAAGAAACAUUACAAGAAAGCCCUUGUAGCCGAGCACGACUUUCUUUUCUUUUCUAUUGGCUUGAUUCCUCGAUUCUACAUCAAUGCCGUUUCCGAUGUCAUUUGUCCCGUUGGCGACGUAUUCGGCCAUACCACCAUUAUCCUCAUCGCCGCGAUGCACAAAGCACAAUGCCAAAAUAUCGCACUCGACCAAUCGCAAUGGGGCGAGCUAGUUGAUGAUUUCGAAGGACCAUCCAAUGUCAAUCAAUGGAUGUGCAGUACCGUGCGUCCUCCUCACUCGCUUAAAUCAAUCACUUUCUACAGGGGAGCAGGCUAUGGCACACCGUAUAAAGAUGGAUCUCGAGGCUUUCCUCACAAUAUCGCUUCAGUGGAUUGGAACACCACCCUAAAGAAAGAUAAAUGCACUCUCGGUUUCAUGAUCACAGACCUCCACAGAGCCAUCACGAGAUAUCGAGAUUUAAUCCCAAAAUUGGUCCAAGAUCGCCACAAUAUUGAACAGGGUCUGAUGCCUCCACCCACACAUCCAUUAUUAACACGACUACCCAUUUUCCAUGACCUCUCGACAAAGGUUCUAGAAGAGUGGACACCGCCCAAGAUGUCGCUGCUAAUGCAUGGGGUUCCAGAUUCGCUGAGUUGCAUUUUGACAUCGAAGAAUCCGUUUGAGUCUUGGCAUUGUGGGGUUAGGCGGUGUCCGGAUUGCACGUCGGAUAUGUAUAUGCCGUGAGGGAUUGCUUGUUGGCGGGGGACUGGGAGGGAGGAAGUUGGGGGGUUGAAUCUGGAUGUUUGCGAGGUUUGGCUGAUUGGGUAGGAGGGGAGUACUCGGUAUUUUAGGCAAAUAUGUUUCUUGGUUUGCUUUGGGAUGGGGGAUUGGUGGGUGAUUA